AUUGGGGUCGCUAAGGAAGAAGAAGAAGAAGAAAAGGGCUUUCUUCCCUGGUUCGAUCGUCCAUUGAAGGGGAGCCAGAUUUUGAGGUCUGAAAAUCGUCCAUAGAUCUCCGAAAAGAAACCCAGAUUUUUUCAUAACCCUAAAGAUUUAUAGGUUCCCUGAUGAGUUCUCCCCAUUGCGGCAACUCUAGCUGAAGCAGACAGAUAUCAGCAGCGGGAGUAGUUGAGUAUUCAAUAGAAGGAAGAACGCCUCCAGUUUGAUUAACAAUCCAUAUUUAACUCACCAUUGCUCAAUGUUCAACAAUAACAUAUCAAUUCCAGUCUCGGACGACGAUUCCGACGAUGCUCCUAGUAGAACGCAGGUCCGAGUUCGUCGCAAACGCAGAAAAUCGUCUUUCCGAGGCAAGGACGAGUUCCUUCGACGAUUUGUCAGGAACCUUCUAAGAUGGUGGCCAGCAUUGCUUUUUCUUCCAGCAGCAGGUUUACUAUUAUUCGAGGCUUCGAGAAUUGGACGCAGACCGAAUUCACUAGCUGGCCACUCAGAACAGGUUCCUCAGCAGAAACAAAAAUCUAUCAUCGACAAGAAACCUGGAGGGAACAACCUGAAUCGAGAUGAUCGAAUCACUCGAUCGAUUAAUGGAGUCAAAACACCUUGCUUGGAUCUCCUUCCUGAAAGAGAACUCCAGCUUCUGGAUAUUCCACCCGAAAGAGAAUCCUCUGAUACUAUCAAGGAGAUAAUGUAUCUAUCUGAUAUAAACAUGGCUUAUGUAGAACAGAACAAUGCAUCAAGAUUCAACCUGUUUACGGGUUCUCAAACACUCGACCAAAGAGAGAAAAGCUUUAAGGCGAAUGAAACAGUGAUGUUAAAUUGUGGGUUUUAUAGUGAUAAGGGAGGAUUCAAAAUUUCUGAAGAGGAUAAAUAUUUCCUGCAAAAUUGUGAAGUUGCGGUAUCAACUUGUGCAUUUGGUGGUGGUGAUAAUUUGUACCAACCAAUUGGAAUGACAGAAGCAUCACUUAAGAAGGUUUGUUAUGUUGCCUUUUGGGAUGAAAUAACAUUAGCUGCACAGGAGUUAGAGGGGCGUAAAAUUGCGGAGAAUCGAUUUAUUGGAAAAUGGAGAAUUGUUGUUGUUAUGGAUCUUCCUUUUAGCGACCAACGGCUGAAUGGUAAAAUUCCCAAGAUGUUGAGCCAUCGGCUGUUUCCUCGGGCAAGAUAUUCGAUUUGGGUAGACUCAAAAUCCCAGUUUAGAAGGGACCCUUUGGGAGUAUUGGAAACAGUUCUAUGGCGUAAGAACUCUGUUCUCGCCAUUUCUGAGCACGGGGCUCGUAGUAGUGUGUAUGAUGAAGCGAAGGCUGUUGUGAAGAAGAACAAAGCCAAACCGGAAGAAGUUGAGGUACAGUUAAAUCAGUAUCGAAUCGAUGGAUUCCCAGAGGAUAAAAGGUUUAACGGAAAGAAAGCUCUUGCUGAAGCUUCUGUGAUAGUUAGGGAACAUACGGCGAUAACAAACAUGUUAAUGUGCGUGUGGUUUAAUGAAGUUGUUCGAUUCACAUCGCGGGAUCAGUUAAGUUUUCCUUAUGUUUUAUGGCGGUUGAAUGUUUUGAAAGGGAUAAAUAUGUUUCCGGUUUGCACUAGGAAAGAUCUUGUUAAUAGUAUGGGACAUUUACGUAAAGCUCGGCCUAGAAAAGAACUCGUUGAUAGAACUGAUUAAUAUCAUUUGAUUGUGUUAUUGUGAUUAGAACCCUAUUUUUUGUAUUGUAUUAGCCAAAAAAACAUAAAUCUGAAACUGGGAACUUGAUAGUCCCCUGUAUAAUGAGUAAAUUGAGAUAAUGGGUAUUUUGUUCCAUCAGCUUUUAAUAAA